AUGACGUCGCUAUCUAUCUAUCUAUCUAUCUAUCUAUCUAUCUAUCUAUCUAUCUAUCUAUCUAUCUAUCUAAGUAGCUAUCUAUUCAUAUCUAUCUAUCUAUCUAUCUAUCUAUCUAUCUAUCUAUCUAUCAGUGUCUGCUCAUAUCUAUCUAUCUAUCUAUCUAUCUAUCUAUCUAUCUAUCUAUGUAGCUAUCUGUUCAUAUCUAUCUAUCUCCUUUCAUAUCUAUCUAUCUAUCUAUCUAUCUAUCUAUCUAUCUAUCUAUCUAUAUCUAUCUCAUUUCAUAUCUUUCUGUCUAUCUGUCUGUAUAUAUCUAUGUAUCUAUCUAGCUCAACCUGUUCAUUAUCUAUCUUUCUCAUUCUAAUCAUAUCUAUCUAUCUAUCUAUCUAUCUAUCUAUCUAUCUAUCUAUCUAUCUAUCUAGCUCAGUCUGUUCAUUAUCUAUCUUUCUCAUUCUAAUCUAUCUAUCUAUCUAUCUAUCUAUCUAUCUAUUUAUCUAUCUAUCUAUCUAUCUAUCUAUGCAGCUAGCCAGAUCAGACUGUUCAUAUCUAUCUAUCUAUCUAUCUAUCUAUCUAGGCAGACAAAAAUAUCAGUCAGUUCAUUAUCUAUCUUUCUCAUUCUACUUAUAUCUAUCUAUCUAUCUAUCUAUCUAUCUAUCUAUCUAUCUCAUUUCAUAUCUGUCUGUCUAUCUAUCUGUCUGUUCAUGUCUAUCUUUCUAUCUGUCUGUUCAUAUCUACCUAUGUGCACUCUUAUCUAUCUAUCUAUCUAUCUAUCUAUCUAUCUAUCUAUCUAUCUAUCUAUCUAUCUAUCGAGCUAGAUAG